AUGAGAUCAUGUCCAUCUCGUCCGUACUUUGUAAUUUCGGUCACUCUUCUUAUACUAUUGCUCUCAACCUUUUCGUAUUCGCUGCAUUCGACAUCUUUUUUCAAUGAAAGGAGGAUCGGACGAUACAAUGAGCAUUUUUUAGUGGCUCGAAAUGAACCUGAUUCGAACAACCCCACACGAACAGUCAAAACAAUCACUGUAACAACCAAUAAAAUGACUGAAAGUGAAACUUACCAUGGCAAUAAAAAGGAAACCGAUCGUAGUAAUAAAGACGAUAAGAAAACCAUUACUACUGAAAUCAAUAUUACUUAUACGACUGUUGUUUAUGGACCAGUUAUUCCGCCUUCACCCUUUGUCUCUGCCGUACCGAUGCCGACAAUUCAUAAUAUGACAGAUAUUGGCUCAGCGCACCAAGAAAGUGAACGACAGCAGGCGAGUGACAGUUUAGACAAUAAUAAAGGCAGUACCACCAAGCCCAAUAAUAAUAAUAAUAAUAAUAAUAAUAAUAUAGCAGAAAGUUUGAAAGACGAUCAGCAAGCCUUAAAACGUAUGGUGAUGAUUGUAUCACUGGUAGGUGGAUUUGGCUUUAUUGCAGUUGCCACAACUGUUGUUAUUUUCACCAGAAUGCGAAUAAAAAACCGAAAGCAAAGAGAAAUGGGUGAACGUGAUAUGAGCUCCACUUUUGAAUUUUAUUCUGACAAUCGUCAUGACCAUCAUAAUAACAACAGCAACAGCAAUAGUAGCAACCAUCACAGCCAUACGAGCAGUGCUAGUAUGAAUCAUAAUAGCAGUUAUCGGCCCUCUCAUCAUCAGCAACACCAACAUAAUAUAAGUUCUUCCUCAUCCCAUCCCACAAGUUCUUAUGCGCCAACUGCCAAUUUCGCCUUGGCUACAGCGGAUGAAACAAUUGAACCUUCAGCACCACCGCUCACCAUGGAACAUCAGAACAUGCUACCCUUAGUCGAACAUGAGCACCAUCGACAUCACCACGAGCAUAGUACUGGCAGCAUGAGAACCCCUCCGCAGCAGCAACAACAGCAAAGACGCUAUGUAUUGUCCAUAAGUUCACAAUCUUCAGCGCCACCCACCCCUUCAGCCCCCACGGCGAAAGAAUUAGAUGCUAUGAUCGAAGAUGAUCAACUACAGCAACAAGAGCCUACUACAUCUACCCAUCGUUUUCAUGCACAUAAUCAUCACCAUCACGAUCAUCAUCGCAGGUGCCCUAAUUGUUCGCCUUAUUUCAUCAUGUCUUCAACAGCAAUAGCGGCAUCUGUUACAACGAACACUACUCCCUAUCCCAUUCCGGAAAUUCCACCACCGGCCUAUACACCCACUGCACCGCCUUAUCAUGCUUUGCCAGUAGAGGCAAGAACAGUAAUACCCUAUGGUGAAAAUAGUGAUGCUGCUGCUGUUACGAUAACGCAUUCCAAUAGUGAGAAUGCUAUCAGUAGCACAGCUCUUGCAACAGCAACAACGUCAAGUAGUCUUUUGAUACCGCCGGCAUUACCAUCCAGGCGACACUCGACUGGAAAUUAA